UGGUACUGCCAGAAGAUGGUAAUAUUAGGAAAUAGAGUCUAGUGAAGGUGACUGCUGGCAGGCCCUUCAAAGGGAUAUUUGAACCAGGACCAUCCCCACUCUCUUUAUGCUUCCCAGAUACCAUGAGGUGAACCCCAUGCCAUGAUACCUUGCCAGAGGCCUGAAAUGGACCAGCUGACCACAGACUGAAAGCUUUGAAAACAUGUAGUGAAAUAAACCUUUCCUCCUUAAAAUUUGGGUUUCCUCCGGUAUUUAGAACAGCUUAUGCUAUCUUAUAGACUAUGCAGAUUUAUGCUAUCUUAAUAGUAGCAUACUAUUUUGUUUGUUAAGUGAAGUAAUUCCUUUACUGUUGUUUUCUUUCUUGGUAUAUACAGAAUAUUAGAGAAUAGCAAUGUCAUUAUAUUUCAUCCCUUUCUAUAUAUGACACCUUGGCUCUUAGUGGUAAGAUGUUGAGAAACUGAUUUCUACCUUCUUUAGUGGUUUCAUACUUUCUUGGUGAAAGCUUGUUCUCAUCUAUAAAUAGUGAACAUAAUUGGUAGAGCCCUCAGCAUUCUCACCCUGGCUCUGAUCCUCCUGUCACCUGCCUUCACUUCUUUGGUUUUCCCUGAUCCACUUCUAAUUAGACAGUGAAAAAAUAACUUAAACUGUGUGACAACUAAUUAACUGAUUCUUGUUGUGUCCAUUGAAAACGACAAGUAAUUUAUAAAAGUUAAGCAUCAUUGUGCUGAACAAAGUGGAUGCAAUACUUCUUAAAGUAGUUUAGUGGUAAGGGCCAUAUCCCUCACCACAGCUAGGCUGCUAUGUAAGAAAAAAACAAGUAUAAGUAGCAGUUAGGAUUUGAGUGCUGUUUUCUUGCAGUGUGCUUCACUUCCAAUUGUAAAAUUCAGGAUGGUUUUAUAGGCUCAUUAAUAGACUUUUUAUACUAUUGUUCUUAUAAACAGAUAAUAAGUGAUUUAAGAAUAAUUUUACGUGUUGGGGAUGGAACCCAGGCCCUAUGCUAGAGAACUGCUCAAUGCCAUCCUUACAUUUUCUCAUUCGAGUCUCAGUUUUAGGACUGUGAAAAGUCUAACAUUCCUAGUUUUUGUUUUUGUAUAGAAAAAAAAAAACAAAAAAACAACUAAGGUUCAGAAAGUUUGGAUGGCCUGCCCAGCUCAAACCAUAGUCACAGCACUGCAAUGUAGGCCUCUUUGCUGUCCCCUUGUGGUUACCAGGGGAACAAGACUCACUUACUUGAACCUCCUAUGUGAAGCCUUUUCCAGUCACAGAAAGACCUAGUCCCUUGAUGAUCCAUACAAAUUUCUAUGAACCUGUACUCUGUGCCUGUCUGGCCACUCAUAUUCUACUCUGGUAGAACUGGUUAGAAUCAGCCCCACUCUAGACCUGUUGAUUAAACAUCUAUAGCUAUAUCUAUAGAUAGAUAGAUAGAUAGAUAGAUAGAUAGAUAGAUAGAUAGAUAGAUGGAUGGAUGGAUGGAUGGAUGGAUGGAUGGAUGGAUGGAUGGAUAGAUAGAUAGAUAGAUAGAUAGAUAGAUAGAUAGAUAGAUAGAUAGAUAGGGGUGUGAGGGUUGUGUGUGUACGUGCAUAUAUUUCAGGCAUUUGUAUGCAUUCGUACUAAUGUUACUCUGAAUUAUUUGACCUCAAGCUUUAGAAUCAAAACUCAGAAAUCAUUAUGUUCAGAGAGAAUAGAUUAGGGUCCAAUAAUGUGAUCUGUGUUUAAUAAAUGUUCUUAUUAGAUUAUCCAUCACUUAUUAUACAAAUUUAGCUUCUGUAAUUAAUUCCUCUCUUCAUGUACUCACCUUGGUUUGGGAACUAAAAACAAACACUUUUCAAUAUUAAACUUGUUUUUGUUUGGUUUGUGUUGAAGUAGUCACUGCCAUCUCUGCCCACAAGGCUCCUAGGGAGGAAGCUUUAAGAACAUCAGUGAGCAUAGACAUUUCUGACUUAAAUUUUUAUCUGAUGUGUUUUGAUUUUGAAGCUUAGGUUAUUUGUUGAUACUAUGCUGAAUUUAUAAGAUAAAGAACAGUCAGCUACUUGCUUUGUACUUAAGGGGGAAGUUAAUUACUUGGUCCCUCAGAUCUGUCACCCUCUGUAUCUUUUGACAUCUUUCCACUUCAGAUAAUUAGGUAUCUGUAAAACAUGUUUGGUUGUCCAGGAAAACUCAGUGUUUCCAGAUUUGGAACCUUAUUUAUUUCCUGAGUGAGGGCUUAGCUUAAGUCUAAACAUUAAAGGAAAACGAAAAUCCAAAAUUCAUAAUUUACUUUUAUUUAUUUUUCUUCCCAUUACUCUGUAUAAAUACAUUCAUGUCUUUAUCUGAGACUGGACUUUCAUACUUAGAAAGUGUUUAUGUUAAGUCCGUGGUAGCAGACCAGGACCCACAAGGUAUAUGAUUACCCUCUUCCCAUUACAGUUUUAAAGACAGCAUUAUAUAGAAGAAAAAGAAAAGAAAAGAGAACCAUGUGUAUAAAUGCAGCGGUUAAAUCUGGAGUCAGAUGCUUCUGACUUGAGCCAGGGCUCAGCUGUUCAAAAGGGGAAAAAUGCUUAUUACCAUUUACACAUCCCUGGUCAGGGGCAUAGUAAAUCUUCUGGUGUUAACACGUAUUUGUAGAGCAAACACAUGAUCAAAGGUUAGAGCAGUGCUGUCUAGAUAGGACAGCAUUUGAGUCCAAUAUGGCAUUGCUCAUACUGCACCUGGCAUACAGCACUACAUAUAGGUACUGUUCUGAUAUAUAUAUAUAUAUAUAUACAUAUAUACAUAUAUAUAUAUAUAAACAUUAAAUACAAGGAAAAAGAAAAGCCUCAGGACAUGUAAUAUACACUCAGAAUGUUACCCUCUAAAACUUUUUCCAUGAGUACAAGUCUUUGAAAUUGUGAGGAAAAGAAAAUGCAUGAGAUUUACUCUCAUCACAUUUGAAGUGUACCAUACUGUGCAUGCACUUUUAUAGAUAAACUGUUUAUAAGGAAAUACAUAAAGAGGUACCUCCUAUGUUAACUGACAGGACAGAAAUCAUUUAAGUAUAGUUAGCUACUUUGAUAUUGGGCUCAAUGUUAAGCACUUUAACAGAUGAAAUGUCCACAAAUAAGAGAGGUUCUCUUUCUACAUGUUUUUAUGAUUGUGGAAAUUGACAUCAGUUAACUUAAACUGUGGCAAAAAACAUGCUCAAUAGAGUCUGGACCAAGAUCACAGAGAGAACAGAUUACUUCCAAAGCCUCUCAUUUCAAACACUGUACUAUCCUCAGCAAUAACAGUAACAACACGUUUAAAAUUGAGUACCUGCAUGAUAGCUAGGCACCAUGUUAGUGUUUUGCCUAUAUUGUCGAUUAACCUUUACAUCAACUGUGUAAAGUCUGUGUGAUUGGUUCCAUUUUGCCAGAUGAAGAAAUGAAAACUUAAAUAUUGUCUUUGUCCAGGGUUUGAUAUUUGAAAUUGGGUAAUGAGGAUCUACUAAGAUGUAAGGACAAGGUCCUUAUUCUACAUUUGGUGCUCACACUGAUAACAAGGUCUUCCCUACUGAGUGUUAGAGGGAAAAAUGGAAAGAAUGCUAUCUUGCAACUGAGAGCAUCUAAUUCUAGGCACAACUACUUCACCUUUGACUGAAUGAGGCCUGAGCGAAAGGGUACAUCUAGACACGUGAGAAUGAGCACUUUGGAAGCUCUUUCUGUGACUGUUUAGCCUACUGCCCAAGACGCCUCCCAAUCCGGUGGAACUUGCCCUUUAGGCAAGAGCUUAGGGAGAAGAGAAAGGCAAAUCCUGAGCCACUUUUCCCCUAAAGACCAGCAUUACCAGAGUAAAUAUGUGUGCUGGGAUAUAAAGCAAUGUGCGUUUCUUUGCCACUACAGAAGGAGGCAUGUGCCAAAAUAAUUCAAGUAUUUUUCAAAGUAUGUAUGUUGGUCCUCCAUUUAAAAAGUCUAUAUAUAUUGAGUUUGCAAAAACACUAAAGGGGAGAGGAUGGAUCAAAAUUGGGGUGACCCCAUCUCAAACACAACCAAAAAUCUCUUUGUACCAAGAAGAAAUCUUGCUGUUAGGUUACAAAACUAAGACCUGAAAUAGUGUGCACUCCUUUAUGUUCAAAUAUGGCUUGAUGGUUGUUUGUGUAUGUGGAUUUUUACAAAGAACCACUGCUAAGUUACUCCUGCUCCUGUAAAUAAUCCUUAUUAAACUCACUACACACACAGACACAGACACAGACACAGACACACACACACACACACACACACACACACACACACAGUAGAUGGGGAUUAGUUAGGAAAAGAUUAACAAAUAAGCUGUGCACAAGAGAAGGUAAUAGUGACUCUAACAAAAUCCCUUAUACACGAGGAUGGAAAUGUCAUGAUGACCUACUAAAAGAGGAAGCAAAGUUAUGUGCAGGAAGAAAGAGUGGAUAAAGUGAUGAGGGCAGAAGUAUGACAAUGGAACCCUCGAAAAUCAAAAAAAUGAGAAUGGGGUUUGAUACCUCUUAUAAUCCUCAUCUUUAAACUUUGUAAAUGGAUUAUCAAAUUCAAAGUAAAAUUUGAAUUGUUAAAAACAUUGGAAAACAAAAGAUAAAAAACAGCAAGUGGAAAUGUUUCUUUAAAAACAAGGUUUUUAUUUUUUUACUUUUGAAAUGAAACUCAGGGAAGACAAGGAUUCGUGCUCAGAGACAGCUGCAAGAGAUGACCUUUGGCUCCAAACCAAAGACUUGCCCUGGGGCCCAGAGAUGCUUGCUUAGUGACCAAUGGAACAAUGGAGCUCAGGAAGAACUAACUUGAUUAAUGGAUAAGAAGUGAGCAGUGAAAAGCAAGAUAGCCAGUCAGCUAACACAACUUUUAUUGUUGCUUCUUUAUACCUUACGAGUGAUUCCUGCUUCUACCCAUGCGACUUAUACUCCACAUUUAAUCUUGUCAAAAAGUCCCUACAUGUUUCUUUAUUCAUACCCUCUCUGCAUCAUGUUUCACUGUGUAUCAGAACCUUUUUUUAAAUUUAGAAAUCAUUUUAAUUUUUUUCUGUGUAUGGGUGUAUUUUCAUGCCUGGUGCCUGCACAGGUCAGAAGAGGGCAUUAAUCCCCUGAACUGCAGUUACAAAUGGUUGUGAACUACCAUAUGGACAUUACAACUGAAUCCAGGUCUUCUGGAAGAGCAAUGAGUCCUCUUAACCACUAAGCCAUCUCUCCAGGUCCCUUCCCAUUAUUCUUUAAAAUGUCUCCCUAGAGUAUUAAGUCCUUACAUGGAUAACUGUCUUUUUCAACAAGUACUUUGAUACACUCGAAAUUUCCAACUUUAGGACUUUGUUUCUUUGUCUAGAUCCUAUAGAUUUCCUUUACCCUUCUCCACCUCAUCUGUCAUCGUGGUAGAAGAUUCAGUCAUGCCCACGAGUGGCAGUGCUUGUGUACUUUCAACACUUUUGAGCACAGGCUGGAGGACCAUGAGUUCAAGGUUACUGUGGGCUAUAUAAUGAGACCCUACCUCAAAACAAACACUUGAACAAUAAAGGAGUCUAUCUUAACUCCUCUACUGUCAUCUCUAUGGGUUUUUUUCUUUUUUUUCUUUUUCUUUUUUUUUUUUUUUUGUGACAAGGUCUCACUUUGUAGCCUUAGCAGGCCUGGAAUUCACUAUGUGGAUCAGGCUGGCUACAUACUCACAGAGAUCAACCUACUGAGGUUAAAAGUGAGCACCAAGGGAUUUGGGGAUUUAGCUCAGUGGUAGAGCGCUUGCCUAGCAAAUGCAAGGCCCUGGGUUCAGUCCCCAGCUCCGAAAAAAAAAGAAAAAAAAAUGAAAAGUGAACAGAGAUUAUAUCCCAUUUACCUGUCCCCCGACCAAAAUGAACAGUGACUUUUCCAUAGUCAUUAUCUCAGUGUUAACAGAUAAUUGCUUCAAGAAAUCAAUCCUUUGCUUCAGACAUUAGGCUUCCUGACUAUUAAAUCAGAGGCAAUCAAUUUGAAAAAAAGAUUUUUGCUUAUGUCCUUUUCUGUAUCAAGAAUCCCUUUUCCCACUCCUUUUGCAGAUACUCAAAUUCUGCCCAGCAUUCAGUUCAAGCCCAAGCUGUCUUUGCAUCAGAAAACCACUAAUCCCUGAUUUUUUCCCACAUUACUUAUGUCAGAGAGUUGCCCCUUCACACACACACACAGUGGAAAAGCCUCAGAUCUGAGAAUGACACACUUCCUGCCACAUACCACUGUGAAAAAUCUCUGUCACCUAAAAAAUAUCUUUAAUUUCCUUAUCUGCAAAACGAGGAUUCUGGCAGUCAUUUUGAGACAAUCCACAAAAUAAGGUAAAAAUGUUAGCCUUUGUUCUGAAAAGAGAGAAAAACAUGUUUUUCUCUUUUCCUUAUUUUUCCAAAGUGACACAAAGCUCUCUGUGGACCUAUACUAAGACCUCUGUACACAUCCCCACCAGGUCCAGGCUGCCUGAAUCUGCCUGAAGCUGGAUGAACACAAAUACAGACUUGUUUGAGAAGACUGCUUAGACACAACUACCACUAAAUCAGUAACUUAUUGAAUAUCUCCCAUGAGCCAUCAGUGUGGAAGUUAACUAGGAAGGUAGGGAAAAUUAUUAAGCUGGGUUCCGGGCACAGCUCAAAACUUUAAGACAGGCCACCUGGAAUCUCCACAGUAUCUUGAAAGUCCUAAGCCUUUCUAUCUUCCUGUUCUGUUAUCUUGAAUAUGGCUUUGUUUUCUGCUACUGGAAUAGCUCCCAUGCAUCUAAAUCCUGUAACUGCAUUCUAAGCACAAAGACUUGAGCAGAUGAACAGUAAAAGUGAGUGAAUGCUGUCUCUUUUCAUCAAGGAAACAAUACGUUUGCCAAAAGACUGAGUAGUUCAUUUGCCAGAGCUGGGUUAUACAGCUAUCACAGCUUCAAGGGAACCAAGGAGACAAUUGCACUAAGUACAAUGUUGUCUUGGAAAAUAGAGAUUCAAACAGAAAAGACGAAAAGAAUGAAUAGUGGGUAAGCAAAGAUCACUAUUUGUCACAUUAAUCUGACGAACUGCUUAGAAAACAUCGAACAGCUGGCUAUCAAGCCAAUGUCCAGGUUGGAAAGUACCCCACCCUCACAUGUGCAUUCUCUCCCCUUUGUUUGCUCUCUGAUAGCCACACUGGGUCAACAAACACUUCAGGAGGAUCCUUGGUCUCUGACCCUACACCUGGCUACCUCCACCAGACAAAGCAGGUCUUUGCGUCAAACAUUAAGUAAGAAAUACAAAGAAUUCAUUACUUUGCUUUUUGUGUAGUUAUAGACAAAUUCUUUCCAAAUUAAGAUAAUUAAGUAAAAUGCAAAAUUAGGAAUAUUUGCUACCUGGAUAUAUCUUUUUAAAACCUUGUCGAUGAUGCUUGAGGGUAAAGGUAUUGCUUGUGUAUGUGUGUGUGUGUGUGUGUGUGUGUGUGUGUGUGUGUGUGUGUGUGUGUGUUUUAAAGAAAGCAAAAUGUUAAAGCUACAAUAACAAAUCCCUGAAGGCAAUGCCUCCCUUUACAUCAAAAAUAUUUGUAGUUCUUUCAAAAAGUUGCUUUGGUCUCCUCUCUUGAAACUUUUGAAAUGUGUAGUUUACCCUUUUUUCUAUUACACUGGAGAAUUUUUGAAAUAAAUGAACAAAAUAACAAGUCUCCCUAUGGCACUGUUAUAUAUGCACAUAUCUACCCCUUUUGUUCCCUGCCCCCACCUCAUUGUGGCCCCUCCCUCCCACACAGCCCCCUCUUGCCAGAAAACUUAAAUCACAAAAUUUUACAGAUAAUUAUUCUAUUUUUUCUGAUCUCUGGUUCCCUUUGAUUCCCUACUUCUCUUUUCACUCUUCUCUUUCCUCUACCAAUUUUGGUUUAUAUGUUUUACUCCAUUUAAUGCAUAUUUUUUAUUCAUAUUAGGUGAUUUUUUGAAAAGGAUCAACUUUGUGUAAUAUAUAAAUUUUAAAAACUGUUAAAAUGAGAAGAACAGGAUUUAGGACCAUUUCCGAAAUUAACCCACAAGUUCCUUCAGGGAAAGAGAGAAAUGAAGAUACUUGGAUCAUGUGUCCCAAUAAAGUCAAACUUCUCCAAAAAAUUUCUGGAGAACAUAUGGAGCAAAAAUAUUGCUGUUGUAAUUUUUUAAAAGCCCCAGUUUUUUUAAUCCUGUCCAGCAUGAACGAUUUAUGGACGGACUUGGAGAAUCCAUACAUAGAAUGUGGCCUAGAGCAAAUUUCAUGGCUUCUGUCCCAUAAGGCUUUGGUGCUUCUAUCUUCAGAAAGCUGACUACAGAGCCUUGUGAGAACUCACUUAGAUGAUGGUUCCCAAGAGGAAGAACUCUUUCCUAAGCUGGACACAGCACAAUUUACUUCAAAUAUGGACAAGGAUGGUUUGCCUCUAAAGUUGACCAUUCUCUGGUUGAGAAUUCUUUUUGAAAGAAUCUCUUUGAUUUAUAAAAAAUACAGUCUAAAGAAAGAACAAAGCUUGGGGAAAAUAAUUUUUUAAAUGCAUGUAUAUCUGGAUUUGCAAAACAAAAGUAAACUGAGUGAUUACAUUAGUCAAGAUUCCACUAGAGAAAGAAACUCCUUGGUAUACACACAUACAGAGAGAGACAGUGUAGGUUGGGGUAGAUACUGUGGAAGCUGGCUAGGCAACUCUGAAGUUUGCUACCUGUAGGGCAGGCCAUCAGAAAAGCCAAGCUGUAGGGCAGAGCUCUUGGGUACAUGCUGAUGCUGUCAUUAAUAGGCAUAAUUCUUUACUGCAAGCUCUUAGUUCUGCUAAAGGGCCUCCAGCUAACUGAAUUAUUAUCUAGAAUAAACUUCCUUUAAAAUCCCUUACUGAUUACAGAUUUGAAUCAUGUCUAUAAAACUCACAGGAUCAACUAGAUUAGUAUCUAAUUGAAUAACUUGGGACUGUGACCUAACUGUGCUAAGAUCCACAAUUAACCACUGCAGUGAAAUUUAGUGCUUCUUUUAAAUCCCAUUAGUGAACACUUCAUUCUUGGGAAAAUAAAUCACAAGCCCAAACAGGCCUCCAAGGAGGGAGAGCUGAUAUCACCAGUAUGGCAUCAGUUUCAAUAUAUCCUUGGUCAACAAGGUUCCCUAAGCACAUGGAAGAGGAAACCAUAGACUAAAACUGUCUACAGGGGUAUGGUGGUGCUUCAUUCCACUAAACUGCUCACCAUUAACUGCUAUGGAAAUGUGUUCUUCAAUUGAAGUUAAUACCUAAGAGGGAAGGAUUUCAAGGGAUAAGUGCAUUUCUUUAGAAGUUAUUUUCUCAUGCCACACAUAUUAAAAGAGCAUUGGGCUGGCUUAGUUGGUUCUUUCCACUUUUCCCUGAGAUUUCUCCUAGAUUGUGAGGAUUGUAAAAUAUGAAAACCUACAUGUAAGUUGAAAGCUCUUUCAUUUUGAAGUGUUGGGCAAAUUGGUUGUUUUCCCUAGGCUCCUUUGUUUACCUGUAAAAUGUACAUAAUUAUUACUAUCACGAAGGCUUGGGAAAAAUUAGGUGAGGAAAUAUAAGUCAAAUACACAAUAUACAUUCUACAAAUAAUAUUUUGGUCCCUUUUCAUGAAUAUAGCCUUCAUAUGAAGUCUUGUGAGUUAAAAGUUCUCUCCAGCUGAGUAUGGCAAUACAUACCCAUAAUCCCAACAUCCUGGACAAAGAGGCAGGAUGGUUAUGAGUUGGAAGUCAUCUGGGCUACAUAGGGAGACCCUGCAUUAAAAUCCAAUGACUGGGAAUGUAGUCAGUCAUACAGCACAUUUCUAGUACGAGUUUUAUUACCAGCACACACACACACACACACACACACACAUUCAUCACACACAACACAUACAUCAUCAUCAUCAUCAUCAUCAUCAUCAUCAUCAUCACACAUCACACAUACACACACAGCAUCACCACGACCACCACCAGCAGCAACAGCAGCAGCAGAAGCAGCAAAGAACCAAGUGAGGUCUCUAAUUUUCAUUAAUUUAUCACAUUGACUAUAAAAUUAUCAUUCCAGCCAGACUCAGAAAGACAAAUAUUAUGGUUUUUUUCCUUAUAUGCAGAAUUUAGGUGAGAGAGAGAGAGAGAGAGAGAGAGAGAGAGAGAGAGAGAGAGAGAGAGAAUAAGUGUGUAAGAAAGAGAUAUGGGGAGAUAAAAGUAGAAGGAGGUAUUGGGGAAAGAGAAAGUCUAAAGGGUGUGAAAGGGGAUUUGGGAACAAAAUCUGGAAAUAGGAAAGAUAAAGCAAAAGUGUUGCAUAUUUCCUCUCAUGUAUAAUCAAGAAAGCAAGUAAGAAAGAGGAGAAAAGGAGAAAGAGGAAGUUGGGAAGGAGGGAGGUAAAAUGAGUCUGUGUGUAUCUAUGUGGAACGUGAAUGCAGAGGCAAAAGGGGACCAGUUUGGGAGAGGAACAGGGGUGGGUCACACGGGCAUGAAAAUGAGUAAGAUAUGGUGAUAUGAAAGCAUCAAAAUGAAACUCAUUAUUUUGAAUGGUACAAUUCUAAACCAAUUUUCUUAGGCUUAUUUACUGUAUGUGUGCACACAAAGCACUGUGCACAUGCAGAGGUGAAGGCUAAAGGAGAGCUGGUCCUCUCCUUCUACCAUGUUGGCUCUGGGCUUUGAAUUCGGGUCAUCGAGCUUGGUGGUAGGUGCUUAUAAGUACUGAGCCACCUCCCUAGCCUCCAUUUUUUUUAAAUUUAUUUUUUAUUUAUUCACUUCACGUCCCACUCACUGCCCACCUCCCAGUCACCCCCUCCCACAGUCCUUCCCUUAUCUCCCCCCUCCUCUGAGCAGGUAGGGCUCCCCAUGGAUAUCCCCCAAUCCUGGCAAAUAAAGUCUCUGUGGGGCUAGGUGCAUCCUCUCCCACUGAGGCUAGACAAGGCAGUUCACUAGAAAAAACAUGUCUUAAAGACAGGCAACAACUUUUGGAAUAUUGCCCACUCCCGUUGUUCUGGACCCACAGGAACAACCUACAUAUGUGCAGGCAGCCUAGGUCCACCCCAUGUAUGUUCUUUGGUUGGUGACUCAGUCUCUGAGAGCCCCAAGGGUCCAGGUUAGCUGAGUCUGUUGGUCUUCCGGUGAAGUCCCUAUCCCCUGAGGGCCUGCAAUCCUUCCUCCUGUUUUUCCAUGGGUCUCCAAGCUCCACCCACUGUUUGGCUGUAGGUGUCUGGAUCUGUCUGAGUCAGCUGCCGGGUGGGGCCUCUCACGGGACAGUCAUGCUAGGCUCCUGUCUGCAAGCAUAACAGAGUAUCAUUAUAGUGUCAGGCAUUGUACUUGCCCAUGAGAGAGGUCUUAAAUUGGGCCUAUUAUUGGUUGACUGUUCCCUCAGUCUCUGCUCCAUCCCCACCAAUUUUUUCUUAAUAAAAAUGAAAUAAAACAGAAUGAUACUACCACCACUAACAAAAGUUCUUACUGGCUGGAUCAAUCAGUGACAAAAUAGGUCACUUAAGGGAUGAAAGAUUUACUUUGUCUCCUGAUUUCAGAGGUUCCAGUCUAUAGACCCCUGGUUCUGUUGCCUCAACACAUAGAGUAACACAUCAUGCAUGGUAAGGGGAGCUUAUAGUCUGGACAAAUCAUCUCAUAGUACAAAGUAGGCGAAGAGACACAAGAUACAUGCCCCUAGUGAAUGACUUCCUUGAAGUUCCUAGCACCCCCCAAAAUAGUGUUUACAGACAAAGUUUUCAUAGCAUGAGCCUGAGGGGACAUUUCAUUUUAAAACUUUAACGCACAAAGGCCAUUUUUACCAAUUAUCUUCUCAACCUUGAGUGUAGAUAAAAUUGUGUGCUUACAAUUGCUUUUUUUUUUUUACUUGAAGAGUCAGAGAUUUUCCUAUUAUUUUAUCUAAAAAUGUUCUUGUGAGUCAUGGUAGUAAUGUUCUGGACAAAUGUACAGUGUCAUCAGGUUUCACAAGUGUGGAAUAAUAUUUUACUGAGCAGAAAUGAAGCAGAACUUAAAGACUUGUCAGAAUCAGACUCGCAUGGCUUAACACACACACACACACACACACACACACACACACUUUAUUGUUUUUGCUUUAUUAAUUGUUAACUAUAAAUAGAGGUAUAUUUUCUCUAGAGAAAAAUAAGAGCUAAAUGUACAAAGCUCUUCAUUCCAUACUCCCCAUUAGUAAGUACCAUUCCCACUUCGCCCAGUGCCCUUUGUGUGCAGAUCUAUGUACACAGUGCAGUUCACAGGCAGAAGAAUCCAUGUGGAAGGCAGGUAUUUACUUGUCCAAGGAAAAUGCGGCCUGCUACAGAUUCUUAUCAUGUCAGGUUUGUAGUGUGAUGGUCAAGAAAAAUAAGAGCAGGAAAAGGACAGGAGAGUUUUGCAUUUAAUCCUUUCUACUUGCUUGGUCCUUUUACUUAGGGUCCCCUGAGCUUAUUUAUGGCAAGUUACACCACUUAAAACACCCUAAGCAAUUUCAUGAUCUUGCAUUCUGUUUCAUCAACUAGCCACUAGUUACUAGUGGUUCAAGAAGCAGAGAUAAACAAUCCCUCUUGCCUCUGAAAGCAUCUCUCCACCAGGAAAAACAAUUCUGUCUUUGAAGUGCAAAGUGAAGUUAUUACCCUCAGUGUCAAAUUCUGACACUGUCAAUCUCUGGAACAGAAAAAAAACCCUCUUCAUGUACUUAUCUUAAAAUAUGAGAUUGAGCUAGGUGGCACCCAUUUAUAAUCUCAGCACUCAGGAAGCCAAAACAGGAGGAUUGCUGUGAGUUUGAGGUUAGCAUAGGUUAAACUGAAUUUCAGGAUAUCCUAGGCUACAAUGUGAGAGUCUUUUAAUAAAAUAACAAAAAAGGAGAGAGCUGGAGAUUGCUCAGUGGCAGAAUAUUUGCCUAGUAUGUGUAGGCCCUAGAUUCAACCCUUAACACUACAAAGCUUGCUUUAUGUUUCAGACAAGAUAGUAGCUAGUCAAUUCUACUUGCUUUUCCCCUCUGCAUAACUAAAAUUCCUGAGGAACUAUGCAAAGGUUCAUUAGAAGGGACUCUGCAGGGCAGAAAGCAGAAAGUCACCUUGACGUCAGGGUCAGGCCGUUAGAGUCUGGAGGACCACAGCAUUUGGGUGAGCUCUUUGGCUUUUCCUUUUAUCUUCCACAUAGUUGAGAAUAGGUACUAAAGACGCCUAUAAUCCAGAACCUCUAAAACAAACAAAAGAAAAACCUGUUCUCUGUGGCCAAAGCACUGAGAAAGGAGAAAAACAUCUAGCCCAGUGAAAAAAAACCUUAAUUGACAACUUUAACAGUGAAACCCAAGCCUAGAGCCCUGAGGUCAACAGAGCCCAGGUAGGGUCUAGAGAUUGUCAUCUUUAAUGGCUCAAGACAACUGAAGGAAAAGCACUUCUCCCUUCAGAGAACACCAGCUGAGAUUGAGCAGGAGUCCCAAAGGCACUAGGGAGUUUGGGGAAGUACUUUCUUCCUGGUGCUGGUUGGCAGGAUCAGCCAAGAGCCAGCAGGACCUCCAAUCCUCCAACCACACCAGGCAGCUGGCAGAGGCGUGCUCUGCCCAGCUGGCAGCUUUGGAGGAUACUCAGUUAGUAGCAAAGACCUCCACACCCACUCCACCACAGCAGCAGGGAAAACAGAGUUAGCACUUCAUGUCUGUGGGCCACACAGUAGUAGAGGACAGCACUAGCAGACACCUUCCAACUCCCAAGCCCACUGGAACCUUCAGGAUACCAAGUGAGUUUCAGCUCCCUCGACCCCCAACCACAAGGUGGGUUGCUGGGAGGCACUUUCCUCUCUUUUGCUAGUGGCAUCAGCAGAGAGCUCACAGGAGGAGUCAAGACAUCUGCCACUCCCCUCCCACCACCAGGCACCAGCAGAGGAUGCAGACAGGUGCUCCCCCUCCCAGCUGCUGUUUCCAAGCCAAUGGAGACUGAAUGAGAAGGCUGGACUUUCACCCUGUCUGCCAGCAGCAGCUGGUGCCCCAUUCCCUCCCAAUUAGAGUAAAGAAAGAUCUCAGCGAGCAGGGAACUGGAGGCAGGGAUUCUUUAAAUCUGCAGGGAAAAUGCCUGCAAGGCACCUGCCUGACCCAAAUGUGAUACCUACCCAGAUCAUCACACCUGCAGGUCUGGAACUGAACUGGCAGUGUGGCAUGCUGUGAUUCGGGUUUUCAAGGUGGUUUCUGAAUAACACACAGAGCACACCAGAAUGGCACCGGCGGGGCUCUAAAAUUGAAAUUUUCAUUGGAACCUCAGCCCACAAGUUUAGGCCAGGAAACGACAAAAAUACCCACACUAAGACACAACAUAACAUAACUCUUAAAACUAAAGACCAAGUGCCAAGUGCCAGGGGUGGGAGGAUCUUUUGAAAGCAGCUAGAGAGAAAAUCAAGCAUUACCUAUAAAGAAUGCUGAUUUGCCAAUUUAAAUGAUAGCAGAUUUCUCACCUAAAUCCAGAAAGGCCAGAAGGAAGAGAUAUACUUCCCAAUGAUGAAAGAAAAGAACUGUCAACUCUGAGUUUCAUGUUCAGGGAAAAUAUCCUUCAGGAGUGAAAGAAAAAUAAAGACAUUCUCGGAUGAUGGGAAAUUUAUCAAAUUUCCACUAGCAGCAUACCAUUAAUAAAUGGCUAAAGGAAGCUCUGCAAACAAAAAGGAAACAAUAUGGGAACAAGUCUUGGAACUUUAGAACGGAAGGGAAACAAUGACACAGGUUAAAUGACUCAGAAUAAAUCUAAUAUACGACCCCUUUCCUUGUAUGUUUUUCUAUCCAAAAUCAAGCAACAAAUAUACCAUCUGAUAGUAGGGUCAAUCUAUAUAGAAGACAUAAAUAAAAAAUUCUAUUUCAAAAGCAGGAGAAAAAAUUACUAAACAAAAACAAGGGAAGGGGGACUGCUACAAGUUUGAGGAUAGGCAGAACUACACAGUGAGACUAGUGUCAAGGAAUUCGAAAAAAAUUUCUACACUUUACUAGAAGCUGUAAAAUGUUGAAAAUGGUAACCUGAAAUAUGUUAUACAUAUAAUUUAAUACCUAAUGGAAUUUAAUACCUAAAAUUCCAUGCAAAAUGGAAUUUUAAAAUUUUAUUUUGAGCAACCCACAAUAAGGCAAGAAAGGAAAAAGAAAGGAACAAGAAUCAAAGAAAUAAAAAAGCAGAUAAUAAAAUGCCAAGUAUAAACAAUAGUAUAAAAAAGUUGGAUUUUCUACAUAAAUGAAUUAAAAGAGACACACAAAAUGAGUUUUAAAAAUUACUAUUAUGCUAUCUACAAGAAAUCUAUUUCAAAUAUAAUAGUGUAAGUAGGAAAAUAAAAGGGAAAAUCAAAGGUUUAAUUCUUAAAAGCAAGAGCAGCUAUAUAUUAAUAUAAAAUAGAGUUCAGAGAAAAUAAGAUUGCCAUGGGUAAAGAAUAUCAUACAUACAAGAAUAAAUUAAUCAAUUCUUCAAAUGGCACAGAAAUCCUAAAUGUAACAAUAAAUAGCUUUAAAAUACAUGAAGCAAAAUCUGAACUAGGAAAGAAACAUAUAAAUCUAUAAUAUAUCUGGAGAUUUCAAAGCCUUCUUCUCAGGAAUAGAACUAUUUAUUAUACAGGAAAUUAGCAAUAUUAUGAAUGAAUAACCCAGGAAGCCAUAGGUACUAAUUUAUAGGACACUAUCCCCAACAAUAACUGUUGCAACAUAGCCCAUCUUCUGGGUCAUAAAACAAGCAUCACUGAAUAUAAAAGAAUAAUAGAACAUAUUCUAUGACAUAAUGAAAUCAAAUUAGAAAUCAAUAGAAAAGUCAAAAGGGAAAAAAAACUUCAAACACUUGGAAACUAGACAGUACAUAUAAAGGAAAAUGUUAAAAUACAACAAACUGAAUGAAAACAUGAAUACAGUAUGUUUGUGGACUGUAGCUAUGCCAACAUGAGAAUUUACAGCAGUAAAUGUUUAUAUUGGGAAAAAAAAAGAGGUCUUUUUUUUUUUCCGUAGCUGGGGACCGAACCCAGGGCCUUGCACUUGCUAGGCAAGUGCUCUACCACUGAGCUAAAUCCCCAACCCGAGAGGUCUCAAAUAAACCAAGUAAACUCCUUUAUUAAGAGACUAUGAUGGUAUAUCCAAUAAAAAAAGAGAGAUCCAUGGCUCCAGCUGCAUAUGAAGCAGAGGAUGGCCUUGUCAGGUAUCAAUGGGAGGAGAGGUCCUAUGAAGGCUCGAUGUCCCAGUGCAAGGGAAUGUCAGGGCAGUGAGGUGGGAAUGGGUGGGUGGGAGUAGGAGGAUCUACAUAGAAGCAGGGGGAGGGAGGAGGGGGAUAGGAGAGGAGGAAAGGGAAUAACAUUUGAAAUGUAAAUACAUAAAAUAUCCAAGAAAAAAAAGAGAGACUAUAAGGGCUAACAAGUUGGCUCAAUGUGUAAAAGUGCUUGCUGGGGUUGGGGAUUUAGCUCAGUGGUAGAGCGCUUGCCUAGGAAGCGCAAGGCCCUGGGUUCGGUCCCCAGCUCCGAAAAAAAGAACAAAAAAAAAAAAAAUGUGCUUGCUGAUAUCCCUGAAGAUCUGCAUUCAAUCUCUUAGAUCUACAUGGUAAUGGAGAGCACUAACUGGCAAAUUGUCCUAUGACCUCCAUAUACAAGCUGUGGCACAUGCAUGUGUGUUUUCAGAUGUACACACACACACACACACACACACACACACACACUCUGAAUAAAUGAAUGAAUGAAUGAAUAAAUAAAUAAUCCAUUAAUUUUUAAAAUUACAACCACUGAGUAAAAAUAGGCUAUGAAUUUAAAAGUGAGCAAGGGUGUGGGUAACAUAGGAGGGUUUUGAAGGAGAAAUGAUGUAAUUAUAACCUCAAAAAUUUAAAAAUAUUGACCAAGAGAGAGAGAGAGAGAGAGAGAGAGAGAGAGAGAAAGAGAGAAGACAUAGUCACUAACAUCACAAACUUGACAAGGGAUCUUACUAUAGCCCUUAUAGGUACAAGAAAUAGAGGAAUGUUAUGCACAUAGAUGUGACAAUUCUGAAGAAAUAGAUCUUUGAAAACCACAAACUACCAAAUCUCAACUGAUUUGAGUAUCCACUACCUAUCCAGCCCAAUAGCUAUUUAAAUAAAAUGUAUUUGAAAUGUUAAAGGUUUCCAAAAAACAAAGGCUGUGGGCCUGCUAGGUUUCAGUGGAUAAUGCUACCAAACAUUUAAAGAACACAAUCUAUUCUAGAAUAACAAGGAAAAGGGAACACAUUUGUGUCAAGGGUUCUCUAAGUCAUUCCCAUGCUUGAUGAUUCAGCACAAGGAAGACUCACAUAAUGCUGCAGAGAGCCAUGCUUCUGGCUAUGAUUCAUUACAGCUGAAGAAUACAGAACAAACCUAGCAAAGGAUGAAGUUCAGAGGAAACUAGGUGCAAGUUUCCAGGAAUCCCUCCCAGUAGAGACCAAAGGGACGAACUAAUUCCUGCAAGGACAAGUUGUGACGUGUGUGAAAUGUUGUCUACAAGGGAAGCUGUUAGAAACUCAGUUCCUGAGGCAACCCUGAGGGUUGGUCAUGUAGGUCCUUCCUGCCUAGCACUUAAAAUUCUAGUUCCCAAUAGGAAAGCAGAUAGGCAGUCACCAUUAAGCAUCUUGUUUAGAUAGUUUAGGUACAGUAAGCAUAUUGUUUAAUCCUGGAAAUGGUAGGAACCUUUCCCUAACCCAAGUCCCAAAGGUUAUACAAGGAUUCACCUUUCAAUUGAGCCUUAUAAUACAGUCAGGCUUGCUAUGUCCAGUCUUGGACACCGGAGGCUUGAGUGUUUAUCCUGGGACACACAUUUGUGCAGACAGAUUAUGCACUGUAAACCACAAAUAUCAGUCCUGGAAAUGGUAAGGACAUUCCUAAGACCAAAGUUCCUAGAUUCCCACUAAAGCCCUGAUACUUACUUAUUUUUGCAAUACUUCCUGUGUCAUUUUAUGAGACCAGCAUUUUUCUAAUACCAAAAUUAGACAAAGACAGUACCCAGUCCCUUCCAAACUACUGCCUAAUCUAACAAGAAUUUGGACAAAAAAAAUCUAGCAAAUUAUUAGUAACAUAGAAUCUAGAAUCCAGAAAGGUACAAAUUUUCUUUUACUAUAGCCAGAAGUGUUUUUGUUGUUGUCAUGUUUUGUUUUGUUGUUUGUUUGCUUGCUUUGUAACUAUUACUUAAAGCCUGGAGUGGUAUUUUGGUAACUGUAUAAGGUUGGUCCAAACAAAAGCUUAACCAAGUCAGACCCUACUGGGUGUGAGGGACUGGAGAGAUGACUCAGCAGAUAAAGUUGUUUGCUACCAAACCUGAGUUUGAUCCCAUGAUUCCCCAAAUGAGGGAAGUACUCCUGUAAGCUGUCUUCUGAGCCUCCACAUAUGUGCUAUGGCAUGCUUGUUCCUCCCCAAAAAAUAAAUAAAUAAGUCAUUUAAAAAUACUUAUGCACUGUGUAACCUUAAAAUAUUUGCGAACACGUGUGUGUGUGUGUGUGUGUGUGUGUGUGUGUGAGAGAGAGAGAGAGAGAGAGAGAGAGAGAGAGAGAGAGAGAGCAGGGAAGGGGAUCUUUCUAUGAAGCUCUGGUUGUCCUGAAACCCUCUACAUAGACCUGACUCACAGAAAUCUACCUGCUUCUGCCUCCUAACCACUAUACCAAGGUUUGAAUUAAAAAAAAAAACAGAGCUGAGAAGUUAGCUCUGUGGAGAAAGUACUUACUUUGUAAGAUGAGGACAACAAUUUAGAUCCUCAGGACCCAGGUAAAGAGCUGGGCAGGCGUGGUCCAUUUGUGAUCCUAUCACUGGGAAGACUGCAACAGGAAUUCCUCAAGGCAAGGUGACUAGUUCUACUAGCCAAGAUUGACAAGCUCAUUCAGAGACACUGCCUCAGUAAAUAAACUAGAGAACAAAUAAGAUACUUGAUAUCAAUCUUUGACCUCCACAUAUGGACAUAUUCUCUCCCUAUAUGUACACACCAAAAAGGCAUACAUGCACGAACACCACAUACACAUACGUAAAAUAUUGAAAAAAAAACUUGCAGACAGAAUGUCAGGCAUGUUAUAUACCUUACUCAUGGGCAGGAUGAUCACAGGUUUGAGGUCACCUUGGGCUACUUAGUGAUUGUCUCAAAAACAAAAACCAAACAAAACCACAAACCGAUAAAAAGCCUAAACCACAAUAUCCCAAUAUCAAUGUAUUCUACCAUAUCCAUCAUGCUAAUGAAGAAAAAUCAUAUGCUCAUAUUAUACUUAACACAAUUCAGCAUCCAUCUAUAGUUAGAAAAAUCUAAGCAAACUAUGAAUACUUGGGUGCUUUCUCAACUUGAUAAAGAACAUCUUCUAAAAACCUACUAGUACCACAGUUACUGGUGAAAGAUUAAGUGUUUCCUCCUAAGAUCUACCCGAACAAAGGUUGUCUCCUAUUACUUUCAUUCAACAUAAUUCAAAUGUUGCAGAAAGUUCAAUCAGGCACGAAAAAUGAAUAAAAAGCACAUGACUAGAAAGAAGAUAAGACCAUCUCCACUCCCACACAACACAAGCUUCUCUCUUUCUUUUACAUUAUAUUUAUUUAUUUCAGGCUUGGUGGCAAAUGCCUUUAUUCUGAGCCAUCUUACCAGGCCAAUGACAUAAUUGUCUACAUAGAAUUUCUAAAGUACUUGCCAAAAGAUUUAUCAAACCAAUAAUUAUUGAGUUCAGUAUGUGACAAGAUAUUCAGAUCAACACACAAACAUCAGUUUUAUUUCUGUUAUACUGACAGCCAACAGUUAAUGUAUGGCUGGAAUUUAAUGUGCAUUACCAGUUCUAAGCACUCCAAAGGAAAUGAGGUGCUUAGGUACAUGCUUAACAAAACGUGCACAGGAUCUAUACAUUGACAAUUCCACAGUGCCGAUGAAGAAGCCAAAAAUGAUAAUGGAAGGAUGGGAAUUAUCAAGUUGAAGGAUUAGAACAGAAUGUUGGGAAGAUGUCAGUCCUUCCCAAAUGGAUAUGGAUAUAUAUAUAUAUGUGUGUGUGUGUGUGUGUGUGUGUGUGUGUGUGUGUGUGUAAUAUUAUAUAGAUAUAAUGUUUGAUUCAAUUUCUCUUCAAAUUCCAUCAAGGUUUGUGUAAAUAGGAGAGAGGUCCACUACAAAAGGUAUGUGAAAAGACUAAUUAGCAGCCAGUUGUUGUGGUGCAUGCCUUUAAUUCCAACACUUGUUUAACUGAGCCAGGUGAGUCUUUGUGCAUUCCAGGACAGUUCCAGGACAGUCAGAACAAGUAAGACCCUACCUCAAAAACAAAACAAAACAAAACAAAAACAAAAUAAAACCACCACCACUACCACCAAAACCUCCACAAAACCAACAACCCACAAACAAACAAAAAACAAAGAUGAGUUACCUUGGAUAGCCAAAACAAUUUGUAAAAAGAAUAAACAGUAAGGGACUGCACUCCACACUUAUUCUAUAGCUACAAUAAUUAAGACUAGGAUUUACAGAAGGAGAGAUGAGUAGAUUAAUAGUAUACAAAAAAAGCCAAGAAAUGGCCCCAUACGAUGGCUCAAUUGAUUUCGAGAUACAAAAGCAAUUUAAUGAAGCAAAGAGUCAUUUUAUUUGAGUCAUCAACUCUUCAUAGGCAAAUAAUAAGGAUCUCUAUCUUAGGUCCAAGUUUAUAACAAAAAUUAACUCAAAGUGAACCACUGACUUAAAACUAUAACACUUUUUAGAGACAACAUGAGAGAGUGCAGGUGAAAUCAGGUGAAGAUGUUUUAGACAUGACACCAAAAGCACUAUAUUUAAUGCAAAAUUUGAUAAACUGGAUCUCUCCAAAAAUAGUUUGUAAUAACGUCUUGUUAAAUGAAAAGAUAGCUGCAAAUGGGAAAACUAUUUUUGAUCAUCUACAUAUCUGAGGAAUAUAUAUAUAAAUUUAAUAUAAAUAAAUAAAUAAAUUUAAUAUAUAUAAAUUUAAUUGCAAGAAAUAAUCCAAUUAGAAAAUGUCCAAAAGACAUGAGCAGAUAUAUCACCAAAAAGAACAUAAAAACUGAUCUCAAACCCCUACAAGACUGUUUACAGCAUUUAAAAUUUUUUUAUUAUACCUGUGUGUGUGUGUGUGUGUGUGUGUGUGUUGUGUGUACGUGUGUCCUAUGUGGACAGUUUUCAAGACUCAUUUCUUUCUUUCCAAUUUAUAGGUCAAGGAUCAAAACCAAGUCAUUAGGCUUGGUGGCUCGUGCUUUUACCUACUGAACUAUCUCCAUGACCCAGCAGUUGUACUCUUAACAGGCAAGUUGUAAACAGUCUUACAAUGUCCUUCAAUGGAUAAACAGUUAAACCGUGGUUUAUCCAUGCUGCAGAAUAUCACUCAGCAAUAAAAUCAACGAUGGAUGCUAAAGAAAGGUUAAUCAAAAGUUGUUUGCAAACAUCUGUAUUUGUCAGAAUUCAAAGGUCCAGAACCAGUAGUAAAUUAUACACACUUCUUUUAUAUAUUACUACUAUACAUCAUGUCUCCUUACUUAUUUGAUGCGAUUGUCUUCCAUUAUUGUGACAACCGCUAAGCAAAACAAAAUGUUUCAGGGCAGAUGUUCAGGGAGGUGAGAUCAAAGCUGACCAAAGCAGGCAUCCAUGGUGAACUUUUUCUUUCUUGUUUGUUUGUUUGUUUGUUUGUUUGUUUUGGAGACAGGGUUUCUCUGUGUAGCCCUGGCUGUACUGGAACUCUCCCUCUGUAGACCAGUUCUACACUUUCUGUCCAAUCCUCUCUGUCUCAGAAAAUCUCAGCCCUAGUUUAAAGGUUUUUACAAAUAAUUCUGACAGACCCACCUAACUAUCCAAGAUAGUGACCCCUAAUUUUAAGACAACCGACCUUUAAUUACACUCCCCAAAUAUCUCCUCAGGAACACCUGGACGAAGGUUCGACUAACUGGGAGCUGUAGGCUAAGUCGACAUCAGAAAAAAGGAAAAGAAAGAAGUCCCACACCAUCAUAAACCAUUUUUGCUUACAAUUGGAUUAGUGUGUUGUCAACUGCUUCCUUGCUUUUAUUAUUAAUCCAUGCUUCAAGCAUAAACGUCAGAAAUAAUGGUCGCCUUCGAGUUUAGAGACAAAUUGCACUCGUAGAACUUUACAAUUGAGGCGGGAGGGAGGGUUGGGAAGCUCAGUCUGAACCUUGCUAGAGCAAGAGCCAGUGCACUUCGCUGGCUCAAGCGCCUAGCGAGGCUGGGAGUCUUCAGGGCAGCAGCGCGCGCAGCAGGAGGGGAGGAGAACCCACCUGAAGCGCAGCGCCGCGCGUGCGGGAGCCCGAGGUGGGUGGAGCCUUCAAGCCGGUGGCGCUGGCGACAGCGCCCAGCCCGCCAGAAGAACGCGCGGCGAGCAGACGGCGGGGAGUCACUCGGGUCUUCCCAUAGACAGCAAAAGCAAGGCUCCUAUAAUCAAAAGUGCCUCUGUGCUGAGUCUUUGGGAAAAACUUGCCUAAUCCAAUCUGCCAGACUUGGGAAGGGAAGUGACGAAUCCAGCAUCAUACUGUGGAGUGAGUAGCCAAGAUCCGCCAGUUUGGGGCAUCAGACUUUGACCUUAGUUUGGAAGAUCUCAAAGGAUGCACCAUGAUGAAACGUCAUAGACCUGUCAGCAGCAGUGAGAGUUCAGAUGAAUGUCCUUCCACUUCCUUUACUUCUGGCUCAAUGUAUAGGAAAAAGUCAAAAAAUCCUAAGGAACACAAGAAGUCUGCUGAGGUAUUCCGAAAGGACCUCAUCAGUGCCAUGAAAAUUCCUGACUCUCACCACAUUAAUCCUGACAGCUAUUACCUCUUUACUGACACAUGGAAAGAAGAAUGGGAGAAAGGAGUCCAAGUACCAGCCAAUCCAGACUCUGUUCCAACACCUUCUCUCAGAUCAAGAAAUAGAACAUUACCAACACCCCAGAAGCCUUUCUUCUGCUCCCUGCCAGUAACUGACCUCCCUCACCGUAGGAUUAUAUCUGAAAAAGUAAAGGAGAUUCUUUUUGUCCGGCCCCGGAAAUAUAUCCGUUGCUCCAGCCCAGAGUCUGCAGAACCUGGCUAUAUCAAUACCCUGGAGCUAGCAGCAUCUACAUGCCGCUAUGACCUAGAUGACAUGGACAUCUUCUGGCUUCAGGAACUCAAUGAAGACCUUGGAGAAAUGGGUUAUGGCCCAAUUGAUGAGACUCUUAUGGAGAAGACAAUAGAAGUUCUGGAACGCCACUGCCAUGAAAAUAUGAACCAUGCUAUUGAGACAGUGGAAGGGCUAGGAAUAGAAUAUGAUGAAGAUGUGAUCUGUGAUGUGUGCCGGUCUCCAGACAGUGAAGAAGGGAAUGAUAUGGUAUUCUGUGAUAAAUGUAACGUCUGUGUGCAUCAGGCUUGCUAUGGCAUCCUCAAGAUUCCAGAAGGCAGUUGGCUGUGCCGCUCCUGUGUCCUCGGAAUUUAUCCACAGUGCGUCUUAUGUCCUAAGAAAGGUGGAGCCAUGAAGACCACCAGGACAGGGACUAAAUGGGCUCAUGUCAGCUGUGCCCUGUGGAUUCCAGAAGUCAGUAUCGCUUGUCCUGAGAGAAUGGAGCCUGUCACAAAAAUCUCUCACAUCCCACCUAGCCGGUGGGCCUUAGUUUGCAACCUGUGCAAGUUGAAGACAGGAGCUUGUAUUCAGUGCUCUGUGAAAAGCUGUAUUACUGCCUUUCAUGUCACCUGUGCCUUUGAGCACGGCCUGGAAAUGAAGACCAUCCUAGAUGAGGGCGAUGAAGUAAAGUUCAAGUCAUUUUGCCUCAAGCAUAGCCAAAACAAGCCAAAACUUGGAGAUGCCGAGUACCACCACCACAGAGCUGCUGAGCAGAGCCAGGCAAAAAGUGAGAAAACCAGCCUACGGGCACAGAAGCUUCGUGAACUAGAAGAAGAAUUCUAUACCUUAGUCCAGGUAGAAGAUGUUGCCAAAGAGAUGGGGCUAUCUGCAUUCACUGUCGACUUUAUCUAUAACUACUGGAAACUAAAGCGCAAAAGCAACUUCAACAAGCCUUUAAUCCCCCCAAAAGAGGAUGAACAAAAUGGCUUGGUUCAGCCAAAAGAAGAAAGCAUUCACACUCGAAUGAGAAUGUUUAUGCAUCUGCGGCAGGACCUAGAGAGGGUCCGAAAUCUGUGCUACAUGAUAAGCAGACGAGAGAAGCUGAAACUAUCACACACCAAAGUGCAGGAACAAAUCUUCGGUUUGCAAGUCCAGCUUAUCAAUGAAGAAAUUACAGACGGACUUUCUUUGACAAAUGCACUAGAGAACUCACUGUUUUACCCACCACCACGAAUUACCUUAAAGUUAAAAAUGCCUAAAUCAACCUCAGAAGAUUGCAGAGACAGCUCCACAGAAACUGAACACCAACCCUCGUCUCCUGGAAGCAGCUCCCCUAGUCACAGUAAAAGGAGCCCUGAGAUGCCUGAGGAGCCACUGGAUAUGAAUGUGAAAAUAUAUCCAAGAUAUCCACUAGAAAGCAAAAGUAACUGUGUGCUGGCUAGCCGAAGCCAUUCUCAAAGUGAAACCAGGAGCUCUAGUCCUACUCAGAGAGCUCCAUCUGCAGAAUUCUAUCAUGGGCAAACAUUAGGGAAGCCUCUGGCCCUUCAGGCUGCCCUUCAUGGACAGGCUUCUAUUGGUAAUGGGAAAAAUCAGCCUAACUCCAGGCUUGCUAGUUCCAAUGGCCUGGAGGGCAACUGGUCUGGGAAUAUCACCCAGAAAGUUAAUUCAGGUGAGAUGUGCUAUGACCAGGAGUCCAUGCUCAGCUCCCACUUGCCCAGUUCAGGCAACAUUAGAAAAUCUGGCAUGGAACACUUCAGCAGGUCCUUUAAGGAGGCUACCAAUACAUGGGUAAAGCCUAAUGAGGACCUCCAGUACUGUGUUAAGCCAACUAAGAAUGUGAGCUCUAAGGAGCAAUUGUGGGGUAGACCGCUUCUCAGGCGGUCCACAGGAAGAGCUUCAUAUCAGGAAACUGAUGGCUAUUGCCCUGACUUGGAGCCCAGUGAUUCAGAGGCAGAAGGGGAGGGGAAUAAAGAAACAGUGAGGGUAAAGAGAGAGAGUUCUGACAGAGAAAAUCCUUCCCAUGAUUCUGCUCGAGAGUGCCAUGGGAAAACCAAGACACACCCUCAUUCCCACAGCUCAAUGCAAAGGUGAUGAGAAAUGCCUAAAGGUAACCCAGCCUUUGCCUUUGCCCCAUAUACUGGGGGAAAUCUAAACACCAAAAGGAUUCUAGUGUAUAUUAGGGGGAAUUGCAGGGAAACUGAUGGUUUGAAGUUUUUGAAAGUGUUUCAGGUCUAGUUUUUAUAAGCACAUUAUGAGAGUUGCAGAUUGUCUGGGGUUGCUUUGUCGGAGGCUGCUGGGAACAGUUGGGCCCAGAGUAUUUGCUCAGCUUUCCCGUUACAUUAACACACUGAUUAAUCUAUGUAUUAAGAUUCCUUGCAUUGUCAAUGGAUUUGCAAGAGGAUAUGAAAGACACUAAAACUACUUAUCUUUUGAAACUAUAAUAUGUGACUCCUUGAAACUCAAAUCUGUAGAAAGUUUCUAAUUCCACUGGUAUCUGUAAAACCUCUUGAAGAGAGAGACCAGGAGAGUACAUUCUCAGAUACUGAUACUUACUGUUGUCUUCCUUGCUUCACGCAAGGUUGAGUUUCUUUCACAGUAUCAUAUCUUACAAAGUCAGUUCUUCUAAAUGUCCAGUGCCUGUUCCUAGAUCUGCUUCUUGGGGACACACUCAUAACUCUCUUAUCCAGCUAACAAGCUAACUUGUGGAUAGUGUUUACAAAAGUACAGAAGUACUACUUCCAAGGAAAAUGCUCUGCUUCUCAAGGCAUUUGUGAAGACGUCCAGAACAUUUCCCAAAGUGUGACCUUUUCUGGUAUAUUUGUACCAGGUCAGGGUUUUUUGUGUUGUUUUCAAAUAAGUUUGACUAAAGUUUGGCUGACAGUUUUUGUAUACUUGCUUUAAUGUUUAUAAAAUUUUUAUUGAGGAAUAAUUAAGAUAUAGUGUAAUGCACAGAGGCUUAAGUAUUCUUACCUGCUUUAAUUUUGAAACAGAUUUUUAUUGUCAGAAAUUUGAAAGCAUGUGUUUAACACAUGGAUAUAAUUUAGCUUUGUAUGAAUUUUAAAUCCAAGGCAAUUUCCCAAGCAUAAAAGUUGGAGCCAUUUUUCAGAACUUGCUUAUACCACAUUACCAAAUAAUCAGCCUUGAUUCAUUUCUAGACGAAGAGAAUUUUGAAGUAGAAGAUAAAACAAGUCUGCUUCCCAUUUAAGAAAAGGAGAAAGUAACAGUUUGUAAGAAUAUGAGGCAGACUGUAAUUCUCAGCUCCCUUUUCUUCUUAGCCUUAAAAUAAUAUUCUCUUUCUUCUAGUUUGGGAACAUAUAGAGAGAAUUUUCAAACAAGAGGCCAUUUUCAAUUUUUGAAGUUUCAUGCUGAUGAAAGAAGCAAGCUGCAGUAGGUGCCAGUGAGAGGGCUGUAGCCCUCUAGCCAAUGCUAUGGACCUAGAAAACUCUGCAGUUUGCCUCUCCCUCACUUUCAUUCUUAGAGCCUCAUUAAAGGCUUCUUUGGGAGGUUGUUUUCUCCUGUUUUGAAAACUUGUGUAUUUUGCCUCUCCUUUGGCUGCAUCUUCAAAAGAUUCCUUUUGUGCCUAUGAACAUGUGUGAACAUACCAUACCAUGAAUAGUAGGUGUACUGUAUUUUGUUUUAGUUGAAAAAUGAGGAAGAGAAUUUCCUUUCUUCAUACCCUCAGCUUCUGUACUUAUUUGAAUACUUAUAGGGUACAUACAAAUUUGACACUUUUGUGGUAAUGAAAAUAUAUUGGAGCUGAGUUGUAGAUUCCUUAAAGGCCAGCAGGUUGCCAGUGUCCUUUCAUGCUUUUGAAUUCUGAGGGAGGUGAGCAAACAUGGAAACAGUGCUUUAGCCAAAUUCCAUAUGUAAUACCAUUGGGAGAGUAUUGCCUGAAAUAUUCAAGUCAGGGAGAUAAAAUGGUAAUUUUUUUUACAGAAUUUUCCUGGGUAAACAAAUGAGCCAGCCUUCCGCUAUAUACAUUCCAAUUGCCCCAAGCAUCUGCUACAUUUUGUUCUUUGAAGUAUUACCUCUUAACCUUUGUUAAUGGUUUUUGUCUUGUCUUAUACAAGUUUUGAAGAUGAACUCAAUCUUUUCUCAAAUGUCACCUUUUUAUCAAUACUUUUACAUUAAAUUAUAAAAACUGUUAA